AUGACCGAAGCCAUUGAUAUUGAAAUGAGUGAAAACGGAUUUGAUAGCGAAAGGAAGGUUUUGGACGCUCCUGGGACAGCUCUUAUGAAGAUUUCUGCCGAAGAGGGACCCGGCGACAGCAUAACCAUCCUUGAGCCAAAGCCCACAUUGAACCCGAACGACCCUUUGAAUUGGUCAUCUGGCCGAAAAGCCGUCAACUUCGCCAUUGUGUCUGUGUUUACGCUCUUGGUCUUUGCAUUGUACAUCUGA